AAAUGAUGUCAACAUAAAACGCCUACAAUAUUAAUUGUUUUACUAAAUUUAAGUUACUAACAAAAUAAUUAUUCAAAAUGAUGCAACAAUAUAUGAAAGAAUUAGAGCAGGAACCAUUUGAUGCUGAAGAAUUUGUAGAACGUUUAGCUUGGAGAACUUUAGCUGAAUCUAAAGGCGAUGGGGAGGAACAUGAGAUUAAUCCUGCUCUUUUACACGAGUCUUUUGUACAAGCUAUAAAAGAUCUUAAUUUACUUCAUGAACGGCAACAAAAGAAAUGUGAAAAACUAGAAGUUGUGGUUAGAGAAGAUGAAGCGACCUUUUUUCAGGAGAUAUAUAAUUUACUUGAACAAAAUAAGCAAGCCAUGGACACUUUUCAAGAGUUAGAUGGUAAAAUCAAUCAUGUAGCAACAAAAGUACUACAUUUAGGUGACCAGUUGGACAGUGUUAAUGGUCCAAGAUCUAGAGUAGUAGAUGCUUUAAAGUUAAUGAUACAUUUAACAGAGUUCUUAUCUGAAGAAACAGUAUUAUCACCUAUUUUUACAAGACCAGAAUUGAUAGAUGAUGCUGCUGAUGUGAUCCAAAAAUUAUACCUUAUAUCUCAAGAUUUACCUCCUAAAUUUGAUGUUGCUAAGAGAAAAAUUGAAAGAAAAUACUCAGAUAUAGAAAAAUCUUUAAUAGAAGAAUUUGUUCUAGCUAUGGAUAAUGAAAAUUUAAAUAGAAUGAAAGAAAUAGCUACUGUUUUAUCUCAGUUUAAAGGAUAUUCUCAGUGUGUAGAUGCUUAUAUUGAUCACAGCCAAAUGGGAUGUCUAUCGAGCAAGGACGUAUUUUCUAACUUUUUAACGCUUUGUAAAUACAAUCAUGAAAUAAUUGUCAAGGUUUUUAAUAAUCCAGAACAAGUGAUGGCAAAAUUUGUAUUGAACAUAUUUCAACUCAAACUCGUGGAAUACAUCGAUCAAAGGUUAAAUUCCAAGUUAGGAACCUACAGCUAUUUACAAGUAUUAUAUGAGUUAUAUUACAAGACUAAUCAGUUAUCCAAUGAUUUGAGCAUAUUUAACAUGGGAAAUGACAAGAACUUUUUAUCGAAGUUAACAACAAAUAUUUUUAACAAAUACAUUAAUGAUUAUAUCACGAUGGAACUAAAAGGUCUGAAAGAUAGGUGCUCCGCAAAUUUACAAAAAUAUUAUGAAUCUAAAGGUCAUCAGAAGAAGCAGAUUCAGUCAGGGGGUUUUCAAGAUCUUCGAAGAGAUCUUCAAGCUGUCAUAGGAACUCGAGCAAACAUUAACAUUGCACAGAUCGAAAAUUAUGGUGGGGAAACUUUUUUAUCGGAAGAAUUAGCUAUUACGAUAUUACAAGAUACAAAACACGCUUUUCAAAGAUGUCAGUUGUUAUCCAAACCCACAGAAAGGGCCUCAAACGCAACUCAAAUUUUGGAUCGAUUGAUAAACAGCUUAUUGGUGGAGCAUGUCGACUAUGCAGUAGAAUUGGGCUUACAAGCUGUGCCUGUUGUAGAAGGGACCAAAACUCCCCCAGCGCUAUAUUUUUUUAGUGUCGUCCACCACAGUAAUAAUAUUAUACAUCUUGUUGAGAAACAGUUUAUGGAUUUAUUGGUUCCACUAGUUGAAAACACCCCAAGGAAUAACGAUUGUGUGCAAAAGAAAAAGUUUGUACUGGAAGAUAUAGAACGGAAGAUUAACACAGGACUAGAUAGGUGUCUCAAUGCCAUUUCGAGCUGGGUCAAGCUGUAUCUCCAAACAGAACAGAAAAAAUCUGACUUCAAACCUGAAUCUGACGACUUCGACACAGUAGCGUCACCCGCUUGUAAAAACGUCAUUAAUUACGUUAAUAGUAUUGUAAAAGAAAUUAAAGCAAACCUGGAUGGUAAUAAUGUCACAGCUAUAUUGCAAGAACUUGGCAUAAGAUUACACCGAGUGGUGUAUGAUCACAUGUUGCAGUUCCAGUAUAACACAGCAGGUGCGAUGGUGGCUAUCUGUGAUUUAAACGAUUAUCGUCAUUGUACAAAAGCGCUCGGCCCAUUAGUUAUUGAACUUUUUGAUACACUGCACGCCCUCUGCAAUCUUUUGCUCGUUAAGCCUGAAAAUUUACAGCAAGUGUGUUCUGAAGAUUCUCUAGUAAAGCUGGAUAGAACAAUCCUUCACAAUUUCAUCCAACUCAGAAGCGACUUUAAGGUACAAAAACAAAUGAUUCUAAAAGUGUAAUAGAUAUAUAUAAUUUUAAUAUGUAGAGUAUAUUAUUUAAUAAAGU